UGGACCGAGUAUUGAUUGCGGAGUAAUGGCUAUGCAAAUGCAGCUUGAAGCAAAUGCAGAUACUUCAGUGGAAGAAGAGAGCUUUGGCCCACAACCUAUUUCACGAUUAGAGCAAUGUGGCAUAAAUGCCAAUGAUGUGAAGAAAUUGGAAGAAGCUGGAUUCCAUACUGUGGAGGCUGUUGCCUAUGCACCAAAGAAGGAACUAAUAAAUAUUAAGGGAAUUAGUGAAGCCAAAGCUGACAAAAUUCUGACUGAGGCAGCUAAAUUAGUUCCAAUGGGUUUCACUACUGCAACUGAGUUCCACCAAAGGCGGUCAGAGAUCAUACAGAUUACUACUGGCUCAAAAGAACUUGACAAAUUACUUCAAGGAGGAAUUGAAACAGGAUCCAUCACAGAGAUGUUUGGAGAAUUCCGAACUGGGAAGACUCAAAUCUGUCAUACGCUGGCUGUAACAUGCCAGCUUCCCAUUGACCGAGGUGGAGGAGAAGGAAAGGCCAUGUACAUUGACACUGAGGGUACCUUUAGGCCAGAACGGCUGCUAGCAGUGGCUGAGAGAUAUGGCCUCUCUGGCAGUGAUGUCCUGGAUAAUGUAGCAUAUGCUCGAGGGUUCAACACAGACCACCAGACCCAGCUCCUUUAUCAAGCAUCAGCCAUGAUGGUAGAAUCUAGGUAUGCACUGCUAAUUGUAGACAGUGCCACUGCCCUCUACAGAACGGACUAUUCGGGUCGAGGGGAGCUUUCAGCCAGGCAGAUGCACUUGGCCAGGUUUCUGCGGAUGCUUCUGCGACUUGCUGAUGAGUUUGGUGUAGCAGUGGUAAUCACCAACCAGGUGGUAGCCCAAGUGGAUGGAGCAGCCAUGUUUGCUGCAGAUCCUAAAAAACCUAUUGGAGGAAAUAUCAUUGCUCAUGCUUCAACAACCAGACUGUAUCUGAGGAAAGGAAGAGGGGAAACCAGAAUCUGCAAAAUCUAUGACUCUCCCUGUCUUCCUGAAGCUGAAGCUAUGUUUGCCAUCAAUGCAGAUGGAGUGGGAGAUGCCAAAGACUGAAACAUUGGGGUUUUUCCUGUGAUAAACCUUAAGUGCUACAGCCUAAUGGAGAGGACUGCUCCCUGGGGUUCUUCAUAGGCCUCUUCCUGUUGUGACUGCCAGAAAAAGGCUUCCGGAAAAACAGCUAUUGUAUCGGCUUUUCUGAUGGUGUAAACAGGAGACAGGUCAGUAGUCACAAACUGAUCUGAAAUGUUUAUUCCGUCUGGAGUGUAUUAAUUUCCAUGUGAAUUAUUUCAGGGGAAGCAAUACCUUUCACAUAGUGCCUUGACUCAGAACUAACAGCUGUCUACUGGACAAUCUUUAGUUCUCUUGCAGACAGAAGCUGGGGAGACUGGAUUCUUUAUCUGAAUAAUGUUGAAAUGCCUGUGUGGCAAAGAAAGUGGGUCUCCUCAUAGGUUCUUUUCUUUCUGCCAGUAAAAGUCUGUCAGUCAGAAGCAGGUUGUUAAGUUAGUUUGCCUAAAUUAUCUUAUGUAAGAAUUUUUUAGUUAAGGGCUAUGGAGCAGGCCUUCUGGACCGCCAGCCCUUCAACAUCUACUUGGUUUUUUAACUGCUAAGAGUAACUCAAAAUAAUUCUGGAAUCUUAAGCAUUUAGGGGCUCUUUAAGUAGAUUUAGUGUGGAGCUGCUAAUAAAGUAGUUAUUUGUGCUGUUUAUAGGAGUUAUUCUUGUAUAAGCUGAAUAUUUCAAGAUACAGCCUUUAAAAUAACUUUUUGGCACUGGCUGAUCAGUUUCUAUUGCUUUAAAAUUGAAAAAUUUUAAAGGGAAGUCAUAUAUUCAGAUGAUUGAGCUUAUUAUCCUUCAGUCUAAUAGAGAUUAUUACAAGAUGAAUAUCCCAUAACUUUCCAGUGACCUUUGUGAGUCUUAUGUUG